AUGAUCCGUUGUCAGAUGUACGCGAUGGUUGUCUUCGCAUUCGGGUGUCUCGUCUUGUUACCGGACCACAGCAAAGCGAUCAACUGUUGGGUGUGCUCCACGGACACGGACCAACGUUGCAACGACCCGAUGAACAUGACCAAAGGUGCAAUCGAGGACUGUAGCAGAGCACCGCAUUCGGCUUUCUUACAGCCCGUGUGCAAGAAACAAAAACAAAGAGUGAACGGCGAGCUGCUGAUUAUCCGGUCGUGCGCUUGGGCGUCGGACAGUCGGAGUGACGACGGCCCAUGCGCCAUAAACACUCCAGCCAACAUACGCAUCGAACACUGCAGCACGUGCGACCAGGACCUUUGCAACGGUGCAGUGGUCAUAGGAGGUUGCACAGUGUUCCUGACCAUGGUUUUGGCGGUCGCGGUCCAUCUCGCUACCUAUUAA